ACGCGCUUGGAUAAUCCGAGACAGCCUAUACGGGCUCUCUCUCUCUCCUAUAUUUAGGAAUUUCGGCAAAAUUCACAACGAACAUCACACAGAAAAACAAACGAAAACGCGGAGAGAAAGAGAGUUGAAAGUAGAGGGAGACGGAGAACCCCUUUUUUUUCGAUCGGUCGGCCAAGAAAGACGCGAUUUUCCAUUUCAUAAUUCCUAUUUUCAGUUUUCUUUGGGAAUUUGUGUAGGUCGUGUUUCUUGUAAAUGGGUGAGAAUUUGGUUGUGUACGUUGACCGGUUGUUGAAGCCGGAAGUGACCGUACAAUCGGCCGAAGAAGCUGUGGCUUCUGGGUCCAGUGUAAAUCGCGCAGAUAUGGCGGGAUCGUCUUAUUCGGCGGUAGUGGUGGAGGAUGAUGAUCACAAUGAGGGUUUCGAUGAGGAAUCGCCGCUUAUAGCGGCGGCGGAGUGCCGCAUUUGCCAGGAGGAGGAUUCUGUGAAUAACUUGGAGAAUCCCUGUGCUUGUAGCGGCAGUCUCAAGUAUGCUCACAGAAAGUGUGUUCAACACUGGUGUAAUGAAAAAGGAGACAUAACUUGUGAAAUAUGCCAUCAGCCUUACCAGCCUGGUUAUAUUGCACCUCCUCCUCGAUCUCUACCUGAAGAGACUACUAUUGAUAUUGGGGGAGGAUGGCAAAUAUCUGGCACACCUUUGGAUUUGCAUGAUCCUCGCCUUUUGGCAAUUGCGGAGGCAGAACGUCAGUUUUUGGAAGCUGACUUUGAGGAUUAUAAUGCUACAAAUUCCAGCGGAGCUGCAUUUUGUCGUUCAGCUGCACUGAUUUUAAUGGCUCUUCUGCUAUUGCGGCAUGCAUUAACCGUAACAGAAACUGAUGAUGAAGACUCAGCUACCAUUUUCUCUCUUUUCUUGCUACGGGCUGCUGGGUUUCUUUUGCCAUGCUACAUCAUGGCCUGGGCUGUCAGCAUCUUGCAGCGUCGAAGGCAAAGACAGGAGGCCGCAGCACUGGCAGCAACACAAUUUGCAUUUGUGCUACAGUCUGCCCAAAGCCGAGGUGUACAGUUCACAAUAGCUUCACCAGCACCCUCCAUGGCUCCACAGCAAGAAGAAGUUUAAUAACAAAUUGCUGCACUCGUUAUCAAUAAUAUUUGAGGGGGUUCUCGGUAUGUACUUUUUGAUGGGCUCGUAAAAAGGCCAUGCAAGUUCUUGUACAGUAUGUGUACAUUUUGUCUGUUAAAUGCGCCCAAGGAUUUUACAUCUCUCAGCAUGAGCUGCUAGGGAAAAAUCGGUUGAGAGAAUAUGUUCAUUAAUUCUUGUCAGACAUUCACAGUUAUUUUCACCUAUAUUUUACUUUUUAU